AUGCUCUCCUCCGCUACCCACCGUGUUCGCACAGGUUUUGGUGACUCCAAGAGAAGCUUUCGCCCUCUGUCAGCAGUGCCAUUCCAAGGUUGUGGGCAAGGGAAUGGUGCCGGACCCCCCAUUUGGAUCUCGGUGAGCUCAGUGUUAAUCACAAUGAUGGAAGCAAUGGGCUAUGGAUUUGAGUGUCUUUUGGCGUUAGAGUCCUCACAACUAGUGAAAGCCCAAUGUUUCUGUUUUGUUGACUAUACGGACGUGAUUGAAGCAGGUGACACAGUCCAUCACUCUGGGGAGGAUAUUUGCGCCUCAGUCCAGGCUGCUGCCACCUUGUGGUUGGGGGGAAUUUGGGCAACAGGUGGUGCAAUCAAUCCGGAGAAGUCCUUCUGGUGGCUUAUUGACUUUGAAUGGGAUGCUCGCAAUGGUCAGUGGAGAUUCCGUAGGAAAUGCUCCGCGGCACCGGAAUUUGACCUUAAGAUACUCCGUCGCCUUGAACCAGAUGAUUCCGAACGUACUCUGGGGGUGAUGUUGUCGCCACUGGAAAUCACAAUGCACAGGAGGCACAGUUGGUCUCUAAAGCUAAAGAGUGGGCCAAACAGCUUUGGCCUCACCUGCUACACAAGUACGACGACAUUAUGUCACCGGUUCUCCAGGUGUGCUUACCUAAGUCAGGUGUUUGCCGCAACUUCCCCGUUGGUGGUCUUUGCCCCAGUGGAUUACCAAGGCCUUGGUGUCCCUCACCCCUUUGGCAAGCAAGUGUACAAACACUUGGAGAUGAUCCUUCGCCAUAUGUUGGGGGAUACAAAGACUGGAGCCUACAUGGAUGCCAAUCUCCAGGCUCACCAACUGGAAAUCGGUACCUCCUUUGGUCUUCUACAGCAAGAUUACCAGAAUACAUCCAUUCUUGCUUCUGAUAUCUGGCUUAAAAGGGUAUGGAAGGAGCUUGAAUCUCUGGAUAUGUAUGUGGCCUUUGACUCUCCGGCCCUAUCUUUAAGGUGUCAUCAUGACGCCCUCCUGAUUGACUUGUUCAUUGAUCUUGAGGUUGAUCAGGACGACCUUCUCUGGCUUAACUGGUGCCGGAUGUUCCUGCAAGUAGCCACAGUAUCAGAUAUCACUACGGCUGAUGGCCGCUAUAUCCGGCAAUGCAUCUGGAACGGUUUCCGCGACGACACUUAUCGGACUCCAUAUAACUGGCCUCGAACGGUACGACCCGGGCGUCCAUAUUGGGAACUCUGGCAAAGAACACUGUCCCGCGCGCUCUUGCCUUCACACGGUCAGCACCACCCUCUGCUCCAACCCCUGGGACAUUGGCACGACAACUUUGAGUCUUGGAACUGGCUCUGGUCGCCGACUGUUGGUUUGUUUCAUCGGGAGGGGGCUGCAUGGACCCAUCUCGCCCUUGUAGGUUCCUCUACAACUUCUCGGCGCUAUGCUCCAUCUGGCAGUCACAGUGGGACGGAUAGCCUACAACGACCAAGUUCUUGGUGGACUUGCCCUUUGCCUUCUGACGUCCUGCGUGCCACAGUGAGGCCCCUCUCCGGUAGCGACUGGGUGCUCAUCACUGGUACAGGUCUCCCAACCUUGCCUCCCUCUGACCCGACCCCCUCCAUCCUCAACGCCUGGCAAACCUCUACCAACCUCUGCACAGACUACUAUGGGUGGGUCCCUGAUGAGAUUGGGGUACAUGGUGAUGAGGCUGCCACGGGUCGUACAAAAAUGACCUGGGAACUGCUGCUGUUCAGCUCCUUCCCAAAGGGGAACUGCUUGCAUUGUCAUCCGUUGUCAAACUCCAGGCCUACCUCAGGAUUGGCCUUCUGGCUGGGAUUAUGGCGGUUGACUGGCUCCUCCAACAAUGGUUCCCAGCCCUUAGCCAGCGGCCGGGUGUCAAGAUCGCCUGCAACGGCCAUUUGGCCAUUGCAAUGGCCUUUGAAGAUCGACCCCUUUCACCCACUGAUGCACAAUUUGACCUGA